AUGGCUGAAGACGGCUGUGGCCCAAAGGAAUGUGAUUCACCCGCCACGGUCUCGGCAUGCACACAUCUAGUGACUAGCUGGAGUGCAUGGUAUUUGGCUUCUUCAACAACUGCCACAGAAACACACUGCGCCACUAAAACGGCCUGCAACGGGCAGAACACUGUGGUCACAAAAACUGCUGGUGCCCCGGAGUGCUCGGUUGGCUCGGAUUACUGGAGCUCGAUAAUGAAAACCGACGAAGAUUACGAUACCACAAUCAACGGGCAUGCAAUCCCGAGUGUGUAUGCCCCAACAGAUUCACCGGAUUACGAUGGUUCGAGAUUCACCAUCACAGCAUUCGGGUUCAAUGGCACCAUGUCGAUUUCAUCCACCAGCACAGAAACCACUUCAUCGACCACAACGACCUCGAUUGAAGUUCCGCCUUCAGCAGAGGCCACUUGUACCGUUUCUUACGACUUGUAUUUCAUAGAGGUUACGAUCGAAGGCAUUAAAGGCUGGGCCGAAGAUGGCGGCACGAAGCUGCACGAUGAAGAAAAGGGAUGCGGCGCUAUGACAGGCUGGCAAUGGUCUGAGGCUCGUGACGGAAGCCUUCCGGAGGCCUACUUCCUAUUACCUCUUUUCAUCAAGAGCGGCUGUGUCGAGCGGGCUAUAGUCUCGGCGGGCGGGCCAAAAAUAUCCUGUGCGAGAGUAUCGAACGAUAUCGAGAAGCGAUCUACUGCUGCUGAGCUUGGACUGCCCGAAUCAUCGUCUGCAGGGAUUCAGGAGAUGACACUCAACGACGGCCUGGGGACUGCACCAACGAACAGCACGACUGACAUAAAACCAGCUCCCGUGUAUACACCUCAAUCAUGGGGUACUGGUAACACUGUGAUUCUUACUACGACAGUCGAAGUUAUUGUCAAACACCCAUACACGACUGGUAUCGUCCUUGAUGCUGAGGGGGAAUGGACAAUGGGGACGAAUUUAUCAACCGAGGCAACUCCGACUUCAACAGACAGUGGGUCAAACAAGCAGCGGUCCGCCUUGCCGAUCCAGACCUCUUCCACAUUGGGGACCUAG